UUAGUAGACUGUUAUUGAUUUAACAUUUAGUUCCAUAUCUUUAAUAAAAUUAGGCACUUUAUUGGUAAAUUUACAUAUAUAAAUGUAAAAUUUAACAAAACAAAUUAGCAAGUUUAUUAUAUAAAAAAUUUUCUAGGAUCCUUUCUGGGGAAUUUAGAAAAAUGUAAUAAAACAUUUCCAGAACUUAAGUAAAAACACGUUAAAUUAUGGUUACUAAUAAACCUUUCAAAGUUCGGUGCCAAAAGAUGAAUCACAGUAUCUUUAAAUUUUCCCGCAGGGUAAAUUUUAAAUGACAUUUCCGUCACAUUAUUUGCGAUUAAAUAUUUAUGGGGGAUCAUCCAGGCAGUUUUUCAGUUGAUAAUCCGUCCAAAUAUGCGACUUGUAUAGAACUGCAAAAGACCUGAAAUGUCCCGCAUGCGCAGUAGAGGGCGCAGUAACGUCCCACGCAGCGAGCAGCGCGAUGCUAAAAAGAAGAAGUGCUCAGUGUUUGCGGAAGUAAGCAUGGAUGCUAAUAACCUACGAUUUUAAAGUUCUCACAUUCACAACUUGAUCCUCUGUUUUUUUUAUUUAUGUUUGCGCGUUCAGGACGCAGAACAUUCGAGAAUCAAUGAGGUUCCGGUCGGAUGAAUGCGACCUGAUCAGAUGCAUAACGGAUUUAGAGCCACAUAUUCAAUCAAAAAAUCCAAUUUGUGUUCUUCAGACUGUCAUAAAAAAAUCGGAUACGGGUCGCUUUAAGGCAAUAAAUAAAUAAAUAAAUUGGAUUCUGGUCACUUCCGGCUGCAGCGUGAACGUAGCCGUCGUAAGGUAAAUAUUUCCGUGCUGGAAAAGCGUCCGCUGGUGAGGAAGCGUCUUCACAUGAAGGCGAAUGUUAAUGUUGCAGCUUGUUUUAGAGGCUGAAUGGAUGUUGGUUGUAGUUCUUUUUACACCUUGCUGUUUGAUGUCAUUUCUCCCUGAGCCGGUGUCUGCUUGGGGCUCGGGGCGGCUGUCUUUAACAGCUACAGUGUCACUGUGUUGUAGAUGAGAGAGAGAAAUAAACAACCUCUCCACGGAAAUGUGACCUAGUGCGGCUUCAGGUACAAAAUGUGGACAAACCUCUUUACCGCGGGACUUGGCACUGCUUCCAGUCGAUCGUGCGCCAAGAAUCGAUGCUCGGUUUGUAUAAAGGCAUCGGUUCUCCAAUGAUGGGGCUGACGUUCAUCAACGCCAUUGUCUUCGGCGUCCAAGGCAACGCCAUGCGGAAGCUCGGCCGCGACACGCCCCUCAACCAGUUCCUGGCGGGCGCCGCCGCCGGAGCCAUCCAGUGCGUCAUCUGCUGCCCGAUGGAGCUGGCAAAGACGCGCAUGCAGCUGCAGGGAACCGGCGAGAAGAAGUCCAAGAGGAAGCUGUACAAGAACUCCCUGGACUGCCUGGUGAGAAUCUACAGGAAGGAAGGGUUCCGGGGCAUCAACCGCGGCAUGGUGACUACGCUGCUGCGCGAGACGCCCGGCUUCGGCGUGUACUUCCUGGCGUACGACGUGCUGACGCGUUCGCUGGGCUGCGAGCCGGAAGACCCGUACAUGAUCCCGAAGCUGCUGUUCGCCGGCGGGAUGUCGGGCAUCGCCUCCUGGCUCUCCACGUACCCGGUGGACGUCAUCAAGUCGCGGCUGCAGGCCGACGGCGUCGGCGGCGUCAACAAGUACGGCGGGAUCAUGGACUGCGUCAGGCAGAGCUUACAGAAGGAGGGGUACCGGGUGUUCACGCGCGGCCUCACGUCCACGCUGCUGCGUGCGUUUCCGGUCAACGCCACCACCUUCGCCACUGUGACUCUGUUUUUAAUUUACAUGCGACGGGAGGAGGAAUGCAGCAUGCAGAACUCUGAGCCGCCCGCCGUGCAGCUGCAGCCGCAGCCGACCAGCAUGUAAGGCAGGUUAGCUGAUGCGCACCUCUCCCUCCGUCUGUGGUAUUUAAAAACUUUUUUUUUUAAACUAAAAGCUGAAUUUGUGUGUAUAUAUGGCUUUUUUUCUCACCCAUACUUUUGUACAAUAGUUCUAGUAGCAAACUGUAGUGUAAGGGUGCACCGAUUGCAGUUUUUAGGCCGAUCACAGAUCGUUAAAUAAAAAACACACUUUGAUUCUGCAGUCAUGUUUAUGGUUAGCGUUGCUUUCCGUUUGGGUUUGGCUUCUGGCAAUGCUACUGUAUCUUUAAAAAAGCCGAUUCAGAUUUUGGACGAUACUAAUGUUUAUGUUUUUGUCUGAAAUGUUGGUAAAUGUAGCAGUUUGUAUUGUUACCUGCAAACGUGCGGUUGAAAUAAGAUCGGCUUUACAUGCAAGUAUCGGCCGUUCACCCAAAAUAAAUCGGUGCACCCAUACUGUAUCGUUACUGUAAUUGUUACAAACAAGAUUAACAACAAUAAUGCUGUUUAGUAAGGAUGCAUCAAUAUGAAAAUAUGAGCCAAUAACCAUAUUAGAUGUUAAUAUUUACAGAUAUCUAUAUUUUACCACUUUUAUGACACCUUUGCGGGGUUAAAUGAAUAUGGAUUGUUCAUAUCUGACAGAUUUUGUCUGAUACUGAUGUUUCCGAUAUUUAUCGUGCAUCCCUACUACCUAGGUCAGAUAGUGACUGCAUGCAUAUAAAUCUUUGCAGUUAUUCUGGUCAUUUAUGACAUUAACUUAUCAAAACCAUCAUGAUUAUCUGGCAUCUUGCAAUAACGGUGAAUUGUUUACAAAAACGUUCCCAAAGUAUUUUUAAAAGGUCGGCUGGCUUUGUGUGACUUUAACCUCCUUGUAGUGUUACAUAAAUAUAUUUUCUCAGAUAAACUCAAACGUAAGUCUGUGUUUUAAAGAAGCACCUUAUAAUAACCACAUGAAUGGUUGAAGAAGCAAAGGUGAAAUGUUUUCUCUUUUUUUUUUUGUUGCAGUAACUACUAAAAACACUGAAUGCUGUGUUGAGUAGAGUUGGGUUGGAAGAAAUGAAAACUGUUAUCAGAAGUCACUUUGUCCACAAGGGGGCAGCAGCAGACCAGCUACGUUCGCCCAUUUGCACCAUUAGCUGCUCUUUUUACAUACCUACAUAUUUUACUGAAUAGCAUGGAUUAUACUGGAUGAAUGUUGAGACUUAAAUGUGGGUUAAAUUUCCCAAUAAUCAUGCAGAAAUGAGUAAUAACCCUGUAUGUAGAUGAUUUGUGUUGCGUUGGGACAUAAUGUACAUUAAUGUGAAAGUGCUGCUGAUUGUUGGUGAGGCUUUAGAAUGACUUGUAAAUCUCUUUCGUAAUUUUUUUUGCCUUUUUUUUUUUUUCGAAUGCUGCUUUGUAUUCUGUGUUUGAUUCUGUACGAUACUUUGUACCAAAGUAGUCAUCCAAAUGUAGGUCUUUAAAAAAAAAAAAUAAAGAUUUGUUUUCUAA